CAUUAUAUAUAGGAAGGUAUGUUCAGGCGACCAGCAAUCCCAAAGACAGGAACACUAAGGUGUGAAGGGGAGGCAUAUCGUCUCGUCUCCCCCAUCCUGCCGGCAUUGACCUAUCCUAGUAUCCAUCAAUGGGGAGGCCACCUUCUAGUGAUGAGAAUGGCCUCAAGAAGGGUCCCUGGACUACUGAAGAAGACGAGAAGCUCAUGAGCUACAUCCAGAAGCAUGGCCAUGGAAGCUGGAGAGCCCUACCUCAACUUGCUGGCCUGAACAGGUGUGGUAAGAGCUGCAGGCUAAGAUGGACCAACUACCUGAAGCCAGACAUCAAGAGAGGGAAGUUCUCCCAGGAGGAAGAGCAAACCAUCCUCCAGCUGCAUACCAUCCUUGGCAACAAGUGGUCGGCUAUUGCGAAGCAUCUCCCUGGACGGACAGACAACGAGAUCAAGAACUUCUGGAACACCCACCUCAGGAAGAAGCUCAUCAAGAUGGGCAUCGAUCCGAUGACCCACCGUCCGAGAACAGACUUCUUUGCUGCUCUCCCGCAGCUCAUCGCACUCGCCAACCUUCGGCAGUUCAUCACUCAGCAACCAUUGGAUGACCACACUGCCCGGCUGCAAGCUCAGACAGCCCAGGCUGCCAAUCUCCAGUACGUGCAGUCACUGCUUCACUCUGCAGCCUCCGUUGCCGCCAGCCCCACUACCAGCAGCAGCCUCAACAGUCUCACCAUGGACCUGGAGCAGAUCAACUUCUUGAGCCCUCCGCAGAUGCUUUCUCCAAGUGUACUUGAGGGUAUUGAUGGCAUAGACUUAGCAGGGCAGGUGUCUCAGAACCAAAUGCCUAGCGUUACCUUUGACCACACAAUUGGCAACAUCAACCCGGGUUCACAUAACAAUGUUGAAACCAGUGAGAAGCACCGCAGCGAGGGAGAGAACAGUAGCCAGAAAAGGUCGUUUCUCUCUGAAAACUCCCUUCCACCUCUCACUGACAUGGCAGCUUCCAACAUUUGUAAUACCAUCAGCACCUCAAACUGUGACGGCGUCAGUAGUCCGUUUCCCAGUUGGUCGGAAAUCCUACUUGAUGAAGAGCUGCUCUGCGAGUUUGCAUGAUGCAACCUGAAUUCCCUAGCUUGAAUUGCAUACUAGCCUGUGGCUUGCAUUUUUGGAAUUUAGGCUUAUCAUUUUACCACUUUUUUUACAUAGUUUCUUUAGAUUUCUUUUUCAUGCACUUGUAGACUCAGAAAGGAGUCCGUAGAUAAGCCUACAAGCAUGAGAUGUUUUUAUUCUGACUACUAUGGUAUGUAUAUGUACAUAUAAUACACAUGUAAGGUUGCUUGGGUUGUUCUUCCUUUC